CCCCGUCCAUUAUUAUCCAAUUCCCUCUCUCUCCUAUUACUCAACGAACCUUCCAGACCCAUUACACUUGAAAGCGACUUUCGAUGGCCCCGUCGCCCGUCGAGCAGGGCGGCGACCCUCCGGCCGGCGAGCCGCAGCGGUCGACGCCGACGCCUUUCCUCACGAAGACCUACCAGAUCGUCGACGACCCCCCCGUCGACGACGUCAUCUCCUGGAACGACGAGGGAUCCGCCUUCGUGGUGUGGAACCCCACCGUCUUCGCUCGCGAUUUGCUUCCCAAGUAUUUCAAGCACAACAACUUCUCCAGCUUCGUUAGGCAGCUCAACACUUACGGAUUUCGAAAAGUCGUGCCCGAUCGGUGGGAGUUCUCCAACGAUUGCUUCCGCAGAGGCGAGAAGCGGCUCCUGAGCGAAAUUCAGCGCCGAAAGGUCUCGGCCUUGGCGACGGCGGUGGUUGUCCCAGAAGCCGUGGCGACCGUACCCACGGCGAUCCCGUCGGCGAUGCCGGUGAUUUCGCCUUCGAGUUCGGGAGAAGAGCAAGUGAUGUCGUCGCAGCACUCCUCGCCGCCGUCCGCGUGCGGACAGAACUGCACGGCGGAGAUCAUGGACGAGAACGAGAGGCUGAGGAAAGAGAACGCGUUCCUCAACGGCGAGCUGACGCAGAUGAAGAGCCUGUGCAACAAUAUCCUGUCCUUGAUGUCGAGUUAUGCCGCGAACGGGCGGCCACAGGCCGGUUCUCAGGCUGCGGGGAGAGCGCUCGACCUGUUGCCGGUGAAGCGGCCGGCGGGCGGCGGCGUCGGCGGCGACGAGGAGGAGGAGGAAGACGAGGAAGAGGAUGGAGAGGAGAGCCCGAAGCUGUUCGGUGUGGCCUUGGGGAUGAAGCGCGGGAGGGAAAUCAGAGAAGGCGAGGUGCAGGUGAUGGCGGAGUCGGACGCCAUGUUGCGGCUGCAGCAACCUGGUUCUGGUGGCGUGAAAUUUGAGCCGUUGGAUGGGGAUCAGAGGGCGAUCUCUUUCUCCUCUGGAAUAGUUUAACUAUGUAAAAAAGUAGAGUAAUUCUCGGCGUAAGAACACAGAAUGUGUGAAGCCAAUAAGAGAUUAUCCCUCGUUUGUUCGUUAGCAGUUAGCUCUGCAAUCUAUCGAGUAUUUUACUCUGCAAUUUUUCAUAAUUC